GACUGGCACCACUGGAUUCAUCCUGUCGUGACGUCAGCGAUGUGGCGACCUCAUGCCGUUGAUGCCUCGUGUUUCUUCGUCAGUUCGAAUGCCGUGGAUCGAGUUAUUCACUAAAUGACGCUGAUUUCAGUCACCUGCACCCACAACUAACGGCCGGAAGAAGGCGACUGAAUCGGAGGAUGUUGUUGUUCGUACGUCUUCACGACGCGCGCUCCCGCGCGCGCGCACGCGGCAUGCCCUGCCCAGCUCCGGAGGUUCUGAGCAGCUCGCCACCGAUGCGGCCCAAGUAGAGGCGGUUCCGGGGACGGCCCCGGCUUCUCUGCCCAGCGUGAGCAUGGAGGACUAUGACUACCUGUUCAAAAUCGUUCUGAUCGGGAACGCCGGCGUGGGGAAGACGUGCCUGGUCCGCCGCUUCACUCAGGGGCUGUUCCCUCCCGGACAGGGGGCGACCAUCGGAGUGGACUUCAUGAUCAAGACGGUGGAGAUCAGGGGGCAGAAGGUCAAGCUGCAGAUCUGGGACACGGCCGGCCAGGAGCGCUUCCGCUCCAUCACUCAGAGUUACUACCGCAGUGCCAACGCCCUGAUCCUCACCUACGACAUCACCUGCGAGGACUCCUUCAGGUGCCUUCCUGAGUGGCUGAGGGAGAUCGAGCAGUACGCCAACAACCAGGUGGUGACUAUAUUAGUCGGUAACAAAAUCGAUCUGGCAGAGAAGAGGGAGGUUCUUCGACAGCGGGCCGAAGACUUUGCCGACUCCCAGAGCAUGCUGUACCUGGAGACCUCGGCCAAAGAGUCGGACAACGUGGAGAAGCUCUUCCUGGACCUGGCCGGCCAGCUGAUCCGCGAGGCCAAGCAGAAUAGGCUGGACAACAGUGACACUGCCCCCAUGCCUGGCGAGGGUAAAGCCAUCAACUACCUGAGCUGCUGCAGCAUCAACUGACUGGCC